AUGAUCAGUGGAUGGGAGGUGACCACCGCGGGGUGGCGAGCACCAGCCAGCCACGGCGACACUGACAGAAGCUACCCCGCCAUCCCGCCGAAGCUCCGACGCCUCUCCUCCAACUCCAAGCCUAAGAUACCUUACGUUAGCAUCAACACGUCCACAAUGUCUGCCAAAGUGACCGCCACCGGCCCUCUGGGCGAGGGCGAGGCUCGCUGGAUCAAGCUCAUCAAGAUCAACUACGAUGACCAGAACGGCAACUCCCGCACCUGGGAAUCCGCCGAGCGCCGCACCCGCCCAAAGAACGGCGAGAUUGACGGCGUCGGCAUCGUCGCCAUCCUCGAGAAGCCCACCGGCCCCGAGAUCAUCCUCCAGAAGCAGUACCGCCCGCCGAUUGACAAGAUCUGCAUCGAGGUUCCCGCGGGGCUCGUGGACGAGGGUGAGACGGCCGAGCAGGCUGCCGUGCGCGAGCUCAAGGAGGAGACGGGAUACGUUGGCAAGGUGUCCGAGACCACGCCGAUCAUGUUUAAUGAUCCCGGGUUCUGCAAUACCAAUCUCCGCAUGGUCCACGUCACCAUCGACACCUCCCUCCCCGAGAACCAAAACCCAAAGGCCGAACUGGAAGAAGGAGAAUUCAUCGAGGUCUUCACCGUGCCGCUGUCCAACUUCUGGGCAGAGUGCAUUCGUCUGGAGAAGGAAGGCUACGCCAUCGAUGCCCGCGUGGGGACUAUUGCCGAAGGCAUUGAAUUAGCAAAGAAAUUCAAGCUAUAA